GGUUCUCAAGGAAAGCUCUGAUCUAGAGAGUAUAUCUAUUUCUGCUUCAUCUAACUCUCUCUGCAGUUUUUGGACAACAAUGGCUGUAAUCACCGUUGACUUUCAGCUCUGCUUCAUCUUCAUCUUCCUGUGGCUCCUCACACGCUUCUGCCUCUCUGCUUUCUUCUUCAAGAAACCAAAAGACUAUGAUCUACCUCCGAGUCCACCAUCUCUACCUGUCAUUGGUCAUCUGCACCACCUCCUCUCUGUUCCAACUCACAAAUCUUUUCAGAAAGUCUCUUCCGACUAUGGUCCUCUCCUUCACCUCCGUGCUUUCAAUAUCCCUAUCGUUCUAGUCUCAUCAGGCUCCAUGGCCCACGAAGUGUUUAGGACUCACGGCCUGAACUUUGCUACCCGUGACCGUGAGGUUCCCAUUAUGGAAAAAUCAUUACUGUUUGGAUCUUUUGGCUUUAUCUCAGCACCUUAUGGAGAUUACUGGAAGUUCAUGAAGAAACUAUUAGUCACAAAGCUUCUCGGGUCUCAUUCUCUCCAGCGGACACGGCUCAUCCGCGGGGAAGAACUCAAGACAUUCCGUGCUAUGCUGUUUGUCAAGGCGGCAAAGAGUGAGGCUGUUGACGUUGGUGAAGAGAUGAUGAAGCUGACGAAUAACUCCAUUUGCAGGAUGAUAAUGGGGAGGAAAUGUUCUGAGGAGGAUGGUGAAGCAGAGAAAAUCAGAAGCUUGGUGACUAAGUCACUUGGUUUGGUGAGGAAGUUCCUUGUAGCUAGCACGGUUGGUCGACUUCUCAAGAAGGUUGGGAUCUCGCUGUUUGAAAAGGAGAUCAUGGAGGUCUCACAGAGGUACGAUGAGUUGCUGGAGAAGAUUAUUAAGGAACAUGAAGAGAAUCCGAACCAGAAAGAGGACAGAGACAUGAUGGAUGUUCUGUUGGAAGUUUGUGCAGAUGACUACGCUGAGUUUAAGAUUUCGAGGAACCAGAUCAAAGGACUUUUUGUGGAGCUUUUACUUGGAGGAACUGAUACUUCAGCACAAACAACACAGUGGAUAAUGGCUGAACUGAUUAACCACCCUGAGAUUCUUAAAACAUUGAGAGAAGAGAUUGAAUCUGUUGUUGGGAAAACGAGGUUGGUUCAAGAAACAGAUCUCUCAAACCUGCCUUAUUUGCAGGCUGUGGUGAAGGAAGGGCUAAGAUUACACCCGCAUUCGCCAAUCCUGGUGAGGACUGCAGCGGAAGGAUGCAAGAUCGGAGAGUUUUACAUACCACAGAACACUACUAUGAUCAUAAACUCUUACGCGGUGAUGAGAGAUCCGGAUUCAUGGGAGGAACCAGACGAGUUUCAGCCGGAGAGGUUCAUGGUUUCUCCUUCAAAGGGGAAAGAAGAGAUGAGAGAGCAGUUAGCUUUGAACUACCUUCCUUUUGGGAGCGGAAGAAGAGGAUGCCCUGGAACAAACUUGGGUUAUAUCUUCAUUGGAGUAGCCGUUGGAACAAUGGUUCAGUGUUUUGACUGGAGUGUUAAUGGCAAUAAUGUGAAUAUGGAAGAGACUGGAGAUAUGACCCUGCGCAUGGCUCAUCCACUUAAAUGCACUCUUGUUGCUAGAGUUGACCCUUCAGCCAGCUUUGAGCCAGUUGAUGGUUGAGUUUGAUAUGUACUGUUGAAGUUGCAGACACACAGUAUGUAUGUCUGGUAAUGUUGUUUUUGUACCAUUCAUA